AUGCCGUUUGCUGUGCGGAACGUGGUGUACCUGCGCGUGUCCGCAACGAGCAUUUUAGCCACAACGUUGUACCUGGACCAGCGACACGUAGCGUGGAUGAAUGCAAAUCCGCGUAUUUGGGACAGGGCCGUGGAAGAAAUGCUGAAACCAAAGCUCUGUGCGAGAUCCGCACGCGAUCCAUCUUGUCCGGCACAAGUGUGUGAGAAUGGCGAGUUCAAGCUUUUAUUUUAUUUUCAGAGCACCGACAUGGCACAUAAUGUGCUGCUCAAGACCAAAACACUGCAAUUUCCGGACGCAGAAGCACCUGUGUCUAACAUACCCUGUGUAAAGCAAGAACCAGACGAUGCUCUUUUUAUACCCGACAGCGAAGACGAAGAUCUUUAUGAAAAAGAGGCCAAGCCACACGUACGAGUGCAGUACAAGGGCUUUACCGUAUGCGCCCAGCAGCUUGUCUGCGUCCUUGAGCCGACCGAAGCAACGAUGUCCAAGCACCCCACGCUCUUCACUAUCGAAGACGAUGCAUCACGCAAUGAAACGCGGCAGCUCGAUACCGCACGGCCGCGCUGGGACCUAAGCGCGAAUCCCGUGCAUGGGCGGGGUAUGCGAGAGUAUGGACGAGCACAUAGUGUACAAGGCGCGCGCAGCGAGACGCCCUUGUUCCGUGGAAUGACUCCAGCAGACGAUCUAUAG